AUGUUAGCACUGUUCCGGCUGCUCCAUCCGAGGGGACGGGGACGGGGACGAGUGUCCCAACGAGUGCAGCACCAGGGCCGCUGCUCGGGGGGGACGUGCGUCUGCUUCCCCGGCUUCCACGGAGCCGACUGCGGCCAGUCCAACUGCCCCGGGAACUGCACCGACAGGGGGCGCUGCGUGGGCGGGGAGUGCGCCUGCGACCGCGGCUUCGCCGGGCCGGACUGCUCCGAGAGAACGUGCCCGAACGACUGCGGCGGCCGCGGCACGUGCGUCGGCGGCAGGUGCGCCUGCGACGCCGGCUUCGCGGGGCCCGGCUGCGGCGCCACAGGUUGCCCCGGCAACUGCGCCAACAAGGGGCGGUGCGUUAAAGGGAGGUGCGUCUGCCCGCCACCGUUCACCGGACCGGACUGCGGCCGGUGUGACGACGGCCUGGCGGGACCCAACUGUGACGGCGUGAUGUCGGGCGUUCCUCAGCUGAGCGCCAGUGACAUCACAGAGACCUCCGUCCUUCUGCUCUGGACUCCACCCGGCCUCCAGUAUGAGACGUACUACGUCACCUUCAGCAGCCAGAAGGAGACUGAGCAGCAGAUCAGCGUGCAGGUGGACGGCGGCCUGACCACCUACAGCCAGACGGGCCUGGCAGCCGGUCAGGAUUACACCGCCACCGUCGCCGGGGAGAUCGCCGGCCAGAGGGGAGCCGAGAGCUCCGUGACCUUCACGACCCUCACGCCGGGUCCCACCAACCUCCGAGUCGUCAAGACGACCUCCACCUCCGCGGUGGUCCAAUGGGAGCGGUCGCAGGGUGAGAUCGACAGGUACCACGUGAUCGUCACGCCCACCGACGGAGCGGGGAGCAGUCAGGAGGUGACGGUCCCGGCUGGACAAGACUCCGCCCACAUCCGGCAGCUGGAGGCGGGGCGUUUGUACGACGUGGUAGUGGUGGCGGAGAAGGGGGCGAGUCGGAGCAAACCAGCGACCAGUCAGGUUACUCCAGGCCCCGAGCCUCCGACCAACGUCGUAUUCAGUGAGGUGACGGAGAACUCUCUGACGGUGUCGUGGACCAAACCCAGGACUCCCGUCAGUGGUUACAAGGUCACCUACACCCAGACGGAGGAGGGUGAGCCGGUGUCGGUGUCCGUGGACUCGGACGACUCCACUCUCGACCUCAGCAAGCUCACCCCUGGUUCCGCCUACGAGGUCAGCGUCAUCUCCCUGCUCGGGCUGGACGAGAGCGACCCGACCCGAGACCUCGUCGCCACGCUUCCCGACCCGCCCACCGACCUCCGGGCCUUCAACGUCACCGACACGACGGCCUUGUUGCUGUGGCGACCGGCGCUGGCCACCGUCGAUAAGUACAUCAUCGUGUAUGGUGCUGGGACGGACUCCGAGUUGAGGAUCAGCGUGUCUGGAAACGCAGCAGAGCUGCAGCUGAGCGGCCUGGAAGGAUCCAGCACCUACACCGUCACCGUCACCAGCCAGCGGGGCAGCACACAGAGCUCGGCGGCCUCCACCAGCUUCACCACGACCGGAGGCUCCGGAGGCGGAGAAAGCCCACGUGACCUCCGUGCCGACAACCUGACCCCGCGCACAGCCAUGUUGUCAUGGAAACCGCCCUCAAAUCCAGUAGGCAGCUACAGGCUGACCUAUCAGAGCGAACAUCUGGGACUAAAGGAGGUGAUGGUGGACGCCUCGGUGACGGAGUACAACCUCACCAGACUUCAUCCCGGAUCAAAGUACUCGGUGCAGCUCCAGGCCGAGAGAGGAGGCCGCUUCUCCGCUGCCAUCUCCACUGACUUCACCACCGGCACCCUGAGGUUCCCCUUCCCCACGGACUGCUCCCAGGAGCUGCUGAAUGGCAUCAGGACGUCCGGCGAGGCCGAGGUCUUCCCUCAGGGCAAACAGGGGACCCCGAUGGAGGUUUACUGCGACAUGGAGACGGACGGCGGCGGCUGGACGGUCUUCCAGAGGAGGAAGGAUGGCUCGGUGGACUUCUUCAGGGGCUGGAAGGACUACACCAGAGGAUUCGGGGUGCUGAGCGGAGAGUUCUGGCUAGGCCUGGAGAGCAUCUACAACCUGACCGCCAUGACCAGGAUGAGCCUGCGCGUGGACCUGCGGGACAAAGACGGGGCGGCCUUCGCCAAGUACUCCACCUUCGAGCUGGUGAAGAGGAACUACAAGCUGAUCGUGGGCGGAUACAGCGGCACAGCAGGUGACUCCCUCAGCUACCACAACCAGCGGAUCUUCUCCACCAAAGACCGCGACCUGGCGCCCUUCCUCACGCGCUGCGCCAUGUCGUACCGGGGAGGCUGGUGGUACAAGAACUGCCACGAGGCCAACCUGAACGGCGCCUACGGCACCGACCGCAACCAGCAGGUGACAUCAUCACUGCGCGCCGCACAUGUGGCACUUUGUUCAAGUCAAACAAGGAUUAGUUUAGAUAAACUGAAGUCACAGUUUAAAGUUGAGCUUGUUUGGUUCACGAUCGUUUUAUGAAGUUUUGUAUUUAAACGAUAUUAUCUCAUAAUAUUAAUGAUCAGCUGUUUAUCCACCUGUCAGUCUGACACCCCAGUGUGUGUGUGUGUGUGUGCGUGUGCGUGUGUGUGCGUGUGUGUGUGU